GUCCAUCCAUUGUUUGUAAACAUUAGUGUCCUGAGGCUCAUCUUAGGUCGUGUAAUUCCUUCUUAAUUUUGUUGCAUCGUUUUAAAUGUCUGCAUAAGCCGGUAAAAUUUGUAUAGAAAUAAAUUUUAUACACAAUUUUAAUGCCACCAAUGCUGCUAUGAUGAAAAAUACAGUUGGAAGAGUCUGAGCUAAACUGAGGGCUAAGGCUAUAUGGCUGAAGUACAUAUAAUAGGCCAAGUUACUGGAGCAAGUGGAUUCCCAAAGGCUUCCCUCUUUUGCAAGUGGAUCCUUCAGUUUGGUGGAGGUUGGAAAGUGGUGGAGGGACUUGUGGAAGGCCAGACACAAGCAGAUCAGUCAGAAGUAGAUGAUACUGUGUGCUGGUGUCAUCCUGUGGACAUUCAUUUAGCCACUCGUGGCAUCCAAGAAUGGCCAAAAUUCUUGAUACAAGUAUACAGACAAGAUGAUGUGGGGCGCAUUGAUCUCUGUGGAUAUGGUAUCAUCCAUGUGCCCACAAAGCCAGGUCAUCAUAAAAUGACCUGCCAUACAUGGAGACCAGUUGGAACUUUUGCUGAGGAAUUGAGAAGAACAUUUUUAGGAGGUGGUCCACAGUUGCUGUCCACAGAAUUUAUGCAUUCUGCCCGAGAACGGUACAGGUUGCUUACAGUGGCAUCUGGUUCUGUGCAUUUUGAGUUAGGGAUAAUCCUGAGAAACUUUGAAAAAUAUGGAGUGAUAUGUUAAAUGUAUAUGGUACUAUUGUUGGGAAGUACAGUAUUGUAUAUGGUGAAAUACAUA